AUGAACAACGGACUUAAAGUGGAACCGUACGAUUUUUAUUGCAAUGGAGGUCCAGAAGAAAGUUACGAUUUCUCUCCAUAUAUAAAGUCUAAAGAUCUUGAACCAGAAAUACUAAAUGGUCCAUACCUGGCAAUCGUAGAGCAACCCAAACAGCGUGGCUUUCGGUUUCGCUAUGUAUGUGAGGGACCAUCUCAUGGUGGACUACCUGGGGCAUCCAGCGAGAAAGGAAAGAAAACAUAUCCAACAGUUAAAAUCUUUAAUUAUGUAGGCCUGGCCAAGAUUGAAGUGGAUUUGGUUACACACACAGACCCGCCACGUGUUCAUGCUCACAGCCUUGUUGGAAAAUAUGCUAAUAAUACAGGAAGUUGUGAGGUGACUGUAGGACCAAAAGACAUGACCGCUCAGUUUAAUAACUUAGGGAUUGUCCAUGUCACAAAAAAGAGUCAGAUUGAAAUACUGAAGGAAAAGAUAAAGCAGCAAAUCGAGAGAAUGCGUACUUUUACAGAACAAGAUGAGAAAAAUUUAGAUGCAGAAGUAAAAGAUCUGAAGAAAGUGACAGACUUGAGCAUUGUCCGGCUUCGGUUUACAGCAUAUUUGCCAGACAGCACUGGUGCUUACACUCUCCGUUUGAAGCCAGUCAUUUCUGAUCCUAUCCAUGACAGCAAAUCUCCUGGAGCGUCCAACCUGCGUAUUUCACGAAUGGACAGGACUGCGGGCUCUGUAAAAGGAGGAGACGAGGUGUACUUACUCUGUGAUAAAGUGCAGAAAGAUGACAUAGAAGUGCGGUUUUAUGAGGAUGAUGAUAAUGCAUGGCAGGCAUAUGGGGACUUUGCACCAACAGAUGUCCACAAGCAGUAUGCCAUUGUGUUCCGCACUCCUCCAUACCGCAAGCUGCAAAUUGACCGCCCAGUGACGGUGUUCUUGCAACUAAAGCGAAGACGUGGCGGAGAUGUCAGUGACUCCAAGCAAUUUACUUACUACCCCUUGGAUCAAGACAAAGAAGAAGUGGAGAGAAAAAGGAGAAAAGAUAUUCCUUCACUAAAUCACAACUUUGGUGGAGGAGCACCCAUGGGGGGUGCAGGAGGAGGAGGCGGAGGCUCUGGCUCUGGAGGGUUUGGGCAUGCAGGAGGUAACAAUAUGAAUUACCACUAUGGAGGCAUGCAUACUGCUUUCUAUCCACCUGCCGGCCAAGUCUACCAGGGGGGUGCAUACUCGAUGAAAGCUGACUCUUCUGAGACGUCACCCCAGCCAGUAAACAUUAAGAAAGAGGCUGAAGAGGUCACAUGCAGUCCCACACAGGAAAAUGUUCCAUCUCUCCAGAGAGAACACCAAGAGACCAUACGUCAAGCUCAUAUGUGCAGUAUGAAAAUGGUGUUCCUGGCCCAGCGUACCUCCAAAGCCUUAAUGGACUAUGCAGUAAGUGCAGACCCUCGCAUGCUGCUGGCUGUGCAGAGACCCCUGACUGCCACUCGGGAUGAGAAUGGAGACACGCCGCUCCACCUUGCUGUCAUACACGGACAGACAGCAGUCAUUCAGCAGCUGGUAGAUGUCAUGAAAGGGGUUCCACAUCAGAAAGUCCUCAACAUUUGCAACAACCUUCACCAGACUGCUUUGCAUCUUGGCGUGAUCACCAAACAAUACCAAACAGUUGCUUUCCUGCUAAGAGCUGGAUCAGAUCCCACUGUCCUUGACCGUUUUGGAAACUCAGUGCUACAUUUAGCUGUUCAAGCCAAAGAUGAUAAAAUGCUUCAGGUUCUCUUAGAUCACCAAUUCAGUGGCUACAAAAAUCUCCUCAACAUGCCUGAUUAUCAUGGCCUGUAUCCAGUUCACUGGGCAGUAAAGGUGGAGAAUGAGAAAUGUUUAGAGCAGCUGGUGAAAAGUGGUGCUGAUGUCAAUGCUGCAGAACGGAAGAGUGGGAGAUCCCCGCUGCACAUUGCUGUGGAAAUGAACAAACUGAAUAUGGCUGUUACCCUAAUCAAGAAGCUGGGGGCAGAUGUAAACGCUCAAACCUUUGGAGGGAAUACUCCACUGCAUCUGGCUGCUAGUAUGGGAUCUCCAGUGCUGACAAAGAUGCUCAUCAAUGCAGGUGCAAAUGUCUUAAUGGAAAAUGAUGAGCCAGUACAUAGCACAGCAUGCAGUGACAGUGAUGAAACAGACAGUGAUUCUGAUGUGUCUAUGGAUACUGACUCUGACCAGCAAGGAGACAGUGAUUCUGAAGACAGUGGAACCAUGGAUACAUAUCGAGAGAAUGAAAGAAUACAAUGUGGCGCUAAGAGGCGUUAUCCUGGACACACUCCGCUGGAUCUAACCAAAAGCCAGAAAGUGCGGGAUAUCUUGUGUAAACACCCAGGUGGGUGUGCAUCUUCCAAGCCAACUGAACAAACACCAGUGAAUGUGCUCUCCCUGGAAACCAAUACUGUAGAACGCCUUGAGAAACUACUGAACGAGGGCCAGACGGGAUCAGACUGGACUGAACUUGCUUCACGGCUGAGACUUCAGAGUUUGGUGGACACUUAUAAAAAUACAUCGUCCCCUACAGAGAACCUUCUGCGUAGUUAUGAGCUUGCUGGUGGAAGUCUCACUGGGCUGAUUAGAACACUAGAGUCCAUGGGAGUGAAUGAAGGCGUGCAACUUCUGCGCAGCUCGGAGACAUUCGUGAAGCAGGCAAUUGAAGAUGAUGGACAGACGAUGGUGGACAGUGCCUAUGGAAGUGAGUCGGUGGAUAUGGAACAGUCUACAGCAUCUGAACCUCAGAAACCUGCCCUUCUCGGGACCACCAGGUUGUCUCCAACACAAGAAUUAGCCCCAGGAAAUGAGCCAUCAAGUGGGCAAUAAAACAGACACUGAAGGAGGAAUCACCUUGGAUUCCGCCCACUAACAUGCAGAAGGACUCAGUUUGGUGCCUAAAAUUUAUCUAAUGGUGUGAGCCACUGAUUCUCAAUUCUCUCCUAAUGUGAAGAUUUUAUAAUCAUGUUAUAGAGAGAACUCUGUCGACAUUGUUUUAGCUCGC